AUGUUACCUUUUGGUGAAUGGAGUAAAGAUCAUAGUAUGGUGUUAUAUCCUUACACUGGGAACAAUUAUAUAGUACGAUCACAUGAUCAGUUUAUUGCUGUUGUCAAAGAAGCCUCCAGAAACUCAACAGAACAUCGUCCAGUGGUAACGGACGAAAUGUUAGAUGAAAUAUGGAUACCACAUAAUAUGAGAGUUACCUAUAAUGAUUCAAUCAUGGCUGUUGACGAUUAG